AUGGGGAGCCUUGAAGAUACAUGCGCCUCACUGCGAGCACAAAUCGCCGCCACUGAAGCACAGCUUGCGGGGUUGAAACGCGAUCUCGCAAUCGCCGAGGAAACCGCGGCCAACUCGGAGAGUCCCGAGCCCUGCCCAAAUGGCAGCAGUACGAGAUGGCCGUUGCAUCCGGAGGAGUAUAAACGGUACGGUCGUCAGAUGAUAGUCUCGCAGAUGGGCUUGGAAGGCCAACUGAAACUACGCGCCGCACGAGUUCUACUGGUCGGAGCCGGCGGUCUUGGAUGUCCUGCAGCCCAAUAUCUCGCCGGCGCAGGCGUGGGUACGUUGGGACUUAUUGAUGGAGAUACUGUCGAGGUGUCAAACCUGCAUCGCCAGGUACUGCACCGCAGCCGGAAUGUGGGAAAAUAUAAAGUGGACAGUGCGAUUGAGUCUCUACGCGAAUUGAAUCCCCAUCCCACGUACAUCGCGCACCGCGCACAUCUCACCCCCAGCGAAGCGCCGGCCAUUUUCGACCAGUACGAUCUCAUCCUUGACUGUACAGAUAAUCCUGCUACCCGCUAUCUCAUCUCGGAUACUGCCGUGCUCUUGGGUAAACCACUGGUCUCGGCCUCUGCGUUGCGCACGGAGGGCCAGCUGAUGGUCUUGAACAACCCCCCGCGGCGCCCAGGCAACAAGGAAGGCGGACCAUGCUAUCGCUGUGUCUUUCCAAAGCCUCCGCCCGCAGACAGCGUGGUCAGCUGUGCGGAUGGAGGCAUUCUAGGUCCGGUGGUGGGGACAAUGGGUGUCCUGCAGGCCUUGGAGGCUAUCAAGGUGAUCACGGCGACGAGCGUGUCAGAGUCGCCCUCUCUGCACAUAUUCUCGGCAUUUUCGAGUCCCCUCUUUCGUACCAUUCGACUUCGGCCUCGUCGUCCCAACUGUGCAGUGUGCUCCAAUGAAGCCGCGGUGACUCGGGACACGAUCACCUCGGGAUCCACAGACUAUGUAUUCUUCUGCGGGUCUGCAAAUCUCCCGGCGCUGCUGGACCCCGAGGAACGGAUUUCAGCACUAGAGUACAGCAAAAAAUACACGCAGCACCUGUCUCAGGACGUUCAAUCAUCUGGCCACGCGAUGGACUCCGCUCGGCACACAGUGAUCGACGUACGGGACAAGGCGCAGUUUGGCAUUUGUAAUCUCGAACACAGCAUCAACAUUCCCAUAUCCCGCAUUCUGGCGACCAGAACCACUGACGAAACGCCGUCGUGGCUUCCUCCAGACCUCAUCACAUCGGACUCCAAUGAUCCGAUCUAUGUGGUGUGCCGCUUGGGGAAUGAUUCACAGAUAGCCGUCAAGAAGAUGAAGGAACUGGGCUUGGAUCGGAACGGGCAGCGCUUUAUCGGGGAUAUCCGUGGAGGAUUCCGCUCAUGGCGGGAGCAAGUUGACCCUGAAUGGCCGGAAUAUUAA